AUGUCUGACUACGACAAGUUUGUGAAGUUGCUUGCCCAGACAGAUGGGCGUGAUAAGAUCUACAAGGCCAUUGCCGGUCUUGUGAAGGUGUUGGGGACUGUGGACACUGUCCCUUCCCACCUGAGCACCUACAAGAAGCUCGGCAGCUCCAUUGGCGAUGGCCGUUCUCUCAUGCGUAUGGCGAAGUGGGCUGGUGAUAUUCCCAAGAUGCGCUCUGCCCUCGUCCAGUGCCGCGCGAAGGGAGGCAUUGAUCUGCGCAAGCUGCUGGAGUUCCUGCGUGUGCUUGGCAACUUCCUCUACGUGCUUGGCGACAAUGCGGCCUUCCUCUCCCGCCACCGCCUGAUCCUCGCCGGCUCCCACAAGCAGCUGCAGAAGCACAGCAAGGUGGCGCAGUUCUGGGGCUUCCUGCUCGCGACGGUCCUCGACCUCCUCGCCCUCCGCGCAGCCCUCCGCCGCCACCGCGAGGGCGACGCGACGACCGCCCGCCGGGAGGCCCGCGCCGCGGCGACGGCACUCGCGAAGGACGCGGCCGACACGCUCGUGACGAUGGCGGCCGUCGGGUACCUGCGGGGCGUCUGGCACCCCGGCGCCGCCACCACCGGCAGCCUCACUCUUCUCUCCGGCGCCAUCGCCACGCACCUCAACUGGGCAAAGAUCAAGUAG